ACAUAUGACUAAAAAUAUAUAAUAGUGGUAUACUAUAGUUAUAGUGGAAUAUAAAGAAAGAAGGUUGAUUAGAAAAAUGUGGCGAUUGAAGAUAGCAAAUGAGGAUGGAAUUAGUGAGAACAAAUAUUUAUACAGCACAAAUAAUUUUGUAGGGAGACAAAUAUGGGAGUACCAUGCAGACGCUGGUACUCCCGAAGACCGAGCGGCUGUAGAAGCUGCUCGUCUUAAUUUCUACAACCAUCGGUUUCGAGUCAAGCCUAGCAGUGACCUUCUUUGGCGAAUGCAGUUUUUGAAAGAGAAAAACUUCAAACAAAGAAUUGGUGGUAUUAAAAUUGAAGAUAAUGAGAGGAUCUCAUAUGAAAAGGCAACGAUUACAUUGAAGAGAGCUGUGCAUUUUGUUUCUGCUUUGCAAGCUAGUGAUGGACAUUGGCCAGCUGAGAAUACUGGCAUAUUAUUCUUCCUUCCUCCAUUGGUUAUGUGUCUUUAUAUUACGGGUCAUCUUAAUACCAUAUUUAGCGAUGAGCAUCGCAAAGAAAUGCUUCGUUACAUGUACUAUCAUCAGAACAAAGAUGGUGGAUGGGGAUUACACAUAGAGGGCCAUAGCACCAUGUUUUGCACAACUCUUAACUACAUUUGUAUGAGAAUUCUUGGAGAAGGGCCAGAUGGAGGACAAGACAAUGCUUGUGCAAGAGCAAGACAAUGGAUUCUUGACCAUGGUGGUGUAACAUAUAUACCCUCUUGGGGAAAGACUUGGCUUUCGAUACUCGGUCUUUUCGAUUGGGUUGGAUGCAAUCCAAUGCCUCCUGAAUUUUGGAUUCUUCCUCCCUUUCUUCCCAUACACCCAGCUAAAUUGUGGUGUAAUUCUCGAAUGGUUUAUAUGCCUAUGUCAUACUUAUAUGGAAAAAGAUUUGUGGGUCCAAUCACACCUCUUAUUUUGCAAUUGAGAGAAGAACUUCAUACUCAACCUUAUGAUGAAAUAAAUUGGAGAAAAGUUCGCCAUUUUUGUGCCAAGGAGGAUGUAUACUAUUCACAUCCUUGGGUACAAGAUUUGAUUUGGGAUAGUCUCCAUAUAUUUCUUGAGCCUCUUGUUACUCGUUGGCCCUUAAACAAAUUGAUUAGAGAAAGAGCCCUUCAAAAAACUAUGGAUCACAUUCAUUACGAGGAUGAAAAUAGUCGAUAUAUCACACUCGGAUGUGUACAAAAGGUGUUGUGUAUGCUUGCUUGUUGGGUAGAAGAUCCAAAUGGGGACUAUUUUAAGAAACACCUAGCUAGAAUCCCAGAUUUUAUGUGGAUUGCUGAGGAUGGAAUGAAAAUGCAGACAUUUGGUAGUCAAUCGUGGGACACUAGUUUUGCCAUUCAGGCAUUGCUUGAUAGUGAUCUUGUUGAUGAAAUUGGACCAACACUUGCAAGAGGUCAUCACUUCAUUAAAAAUUCCCAGGUAAAAGAUAAUCCUUCUGGUAACUUCAAAAGCAUGUAUCGUCACAUUUCUAAAGGAUCCUGGACAUUUUCCGAUCAAGAUCAAGGUUGGCAAGUAUCUGAUUCCACUGCAGAAAAUUUAAAGUGUUGUCUUUCUCUCUCAUUGUUACCAAUAAAAAUUGUUGGUGAGAAAAUUGAACUUGAGCGUCUUUAUGAUUCUGUUAAUCUUUUACUCUCUUUACAGAGGAAAAACGGUGGUUUAACUGUUUGGGAGCGAGCAGUAGGACAAGAGUGGAUGGAGAUAUUGAAUCCAAGUGAAUUUGCUGAGGGAAUUGUGAUUGAGCAUGAAUAUGUGGAAUGCACUUCUUCAGCAAUCCAAGCACUUGUUUUGUUUAAGAGUUUAUAUCCAAACCACAAGAAAUAUGAAAUUCAAAAUUUUAUAACAAAGGCUGUACAUUUCAUUGAGCACUCACAGCUUCCUGAUGGUUCAUGGUAUGGAAAUUGGGGAAUUUGUUUCACAUAUGCAACAUGGUUUGCAAUUAAAGGAUUAGCAGUUGCUGGGAAGACUUACAAUAAUAGUGAAACCAUUCGUAAAGCACUUCACUUCUUACUAAGAACACAAAACAAGGAUGGUGGUUGGGGUGAAAGUUAUCUUUCAUGUCCAAAUAAGGAAUAUGUAUCUCUUGAAGAAAAUGGAUCAAAUUUGGUACAAACUUCUUGGGCUAUGAUGGGUCUAAUUUAUGGAGGACAAGCAGAAAGAGAUCCAACACCUCUUCACAAGGCAGCAAAAUUAAUAAUCAAUUCUCAAUUGGAUGAUGGUGAUUUCCCUCAGCAAGGAAUAACAGGAGUUUUUAUGAAGAAUUGUAUGCUACAUUAUGCAAUGUAUAGAAACAUUUUCCCGCUCUGGGCUCUUGCAGAAUAUCGUAAACGAGUUCUAUGCUAAUUCAAGGUGAUGGUAAGGUCCUAUUUAUAGGUUGUCAUUCAUUACGGGUCGGACAGAUCUGAUCUUGAUUAGGGUUUGUACGUAUGUGUAAAAUAUUAGCCCAUUGAUGGGAAAAAUACAAGAUAUAGGCUUGAUAAUAGGUGUAUUGGGCAUGGUAGGUUAAUUAGGCCUAACCCUUGAAAGUUGUAGUCAUUACUAUUCAUGCUACUAUUCACAGUGAAAGGAAGCGAGUGAGCUUUCAUUUGGUGCAUGGGGAAAGGUUGUGUCAGAGUAGUGGAAGUGUAAUCCUAAGAGAGAUUACACAUUUUUUUCCAUGAGCCUUUAUGCGAGUUGGUAGAGGGGAUAAACCUCCAAAUUUUUUAGGAUUGUAUUAAAGGUGUGACACGCAAGCAUUUUUCGAAAUGAUAUACAUUGUCUUAUAUGUUCCUUUGACUUCCUCUCCCCGAUUACCUUUGGGAAGGCAUCCCUUCGGAUUAGGGUUCCCUGAAGACCUCAAGUUGCUGAUGCAAUAUUGUUUGUUCUAGGAAUGGAAUAUCUUUCGAGAAUAUUAAAAAAGAUUGGGGUUAAAGAGGAUUUUAAGUUUCAUGAUAGAUGUAAAGAACUUGAACUUAAUCACUUGUACGCUUUGCGGUUGAUGUCUUAUUAUUUUGCAAAGAUGAUUUUAUAUCCAUCUAUCGCAUGCUUUAAGGUUUGAAAGUUUUUUAUAAAACAUUGUAUUUACACACCUAAAUAAAGCGAAGUUUGUUGUA